AACUCAUAAAAGUCCCUACUGCUGCUUCUUCCCCAAGCAUAAAAAAAAAAAGGUUCUCAUCACUCUACAAUGGCGGUUCAAAUUGGCCCCCAUCUCUGAAUCCCCAGCCCAGCAUCACCCCCAACAGAAUACCCCCAAUUCAUUCAAAAUCCUCCGCCUCCCUCAAUUAAUUCCCCAUGUUGAAGGCCCUCACCACCAGGUGCAGUGCGCACGCCGCGUUCGGGGCCCAACUCCGCCGGCACGUGCCCGCCGGAGAGCCCGCAUCCCCGCUCCUCCGUGUUCUUCGAGGUCAAAAUAGGAGAAGCCCCUACCUUUUCCGGCGGUUCUUCUGCUCCGAUUCCACCGAUGGAUCCGACCCUGUUGAUACUGCCGGGUUGGAAGCGAAACGGGUCGAUUCGGGUGAAGAGGCGGCGGAAUCCAAGUCUUCGGCUAUUGUAACCACCGUAGUUAGACCGGAAGAUUGUUUGACGGUUAUAGCACUGCCACUGCCACAUAGACCACUAUUUCCUGGAUUCUAUAUGCCCAUAUAUGUCAAGGACCCAAAACUGUUAGCAGCUUUGGUAGAGAGUAGGAAAAGGCAAGCCCCCUAUACUGGUGCCUUCCUUAUUAAAGAGGAGGAAGGGACUGAAGGUUCAGAUUCUGAGAAGAAUGUAUAUGACCUCAAAGGAAAAGAUUUACUGAAUCGCCUUCAUGAUGUUGGUACAUUAGCUCAGAUUACAAGCAUCCAAGGAGAUCAGGUUGUCCUCAUUGGUCACAGAAGACUUCGAAUCACAGAGAUGGUCAGUGAAGAUCCUCUUACAGUCAAGGUUGAUCAUCUCAAGGAAAAAUCAUUUGAUAAGGACGAUGACAUUCUCAAGGCUACAUCUUUUGAAGUUAUAUCCACUCUGAGAGAUGUUUUGAAAACAAGUCCACUCUGGCGAGAUCAUGCACAAACUUAUACUCAGCAUAUAGGUGAUUUUACUUAUCCAAGAGUGGCAGAUUUUGGAGCAGCAAUAUCAGGUGCAAAUAAGUCACAGUGCCAGCAAGUGCUUGAAGAAUUAGAUGUGCAUAAACGACUAAAACUUACCUUGGAGUUAGUGAAGAAAGAGAUGGAGAUUAGCAAGAUCCAGGAAUCUAUAGCCAAGGCCAUUGAAGAGAAGAUAAGUGGGGAGCAGCGCCGCUACUUGUUGAAUGAACAGCUUAAGGCCAUAAAGAAGGAACUGGGAUUAGAGACUGAUGACAAAACUGCUCUUUCAGCAAAGUUCAGAGAAAGGCUAGAUCCAAAGAAAGAGAAAAUCCCACCUCAUGUUUUGCAAGUCAUAGAAGAAGAACUGACGAAAUUACAACUGUUGGAAGCCAGUUCGAGCGAGUUUAAUGUCACACGCAAUUAUCUUGAUUGGUUGACUGCAUUGCCUUGGGGAGAAUACAGCGAUGAGAAUUUUGAUGUAAUUCAAGCACAAAAGAUUUUAGAUGAAGACCAUUAUGGACUGACGGAUGUUAAGGAAAGGAUAUUGGAGUUCAUAGCAGUAGGGAAGCUGAGAGGAACAUCACAAGGUAAAAUCAUAUGCCUCUCUGGUCCUCCUGGAGUGGGAAAAACAAGUAUUGGUCGUUCCAUUGCUCGUGCCUUAAACCGUAAAUUUUACCGGUUCUCCGUGGGAGGUUUAUCUGAUGUCGCUGAAAUCAAGGGGCAUCGCCGAACCUAUAUUGGUGCCAUGCCAGGAAAGAUGGUGCAAUGUUUAAAAAGUGUGGGAACAGCUAACCCGCUUGUUCUGAUUGAUGAAAUCGACAAGUUGGGAAGGGGGCAUGCUGGUGAUCCUGCUAGUGCAAUGCUGGAACUUCUUGACCCUGAGCAGAAUGCUAAUUUUCUAGACCAUUACCUUGAUGUUCCAAUUGAUUUGUCCAAGGUUUUGUUUGUAUGUACAGCAAAUGUAAUUGAAAUGAUACCAAACCCCCUUUUGGACAGAAUGGAGGUGAUCUCCAUUGCUGGGUAUAUUACUGACGAGAAAAUGCACAUCGCCAGAGAUUACUUAGAGAAAACCACUCGAGAAGCAUGUGGUAUCAAGCCUGAACAGGUUGAGGUCACAGAUUCAGCUCUUCUUGCUUUAAUAGAAAAUUAUUGCAGAGAGGCAGGAGUUCGAAAUCUUCAAAAGCAAAUUGAGAAGAUAUAUCGAAAGAUUGCUCUACAACUUGUGCGACAAGGAGGAUAUACUGAGCCCCUGUUUGAUGAGGUAAAGGCGGAAUCAAAUUCUGUGUCCGAUGGAAGUUUGAUUGAAGGAGCAGAAGCCGAAUCAUUAGAGGGUAGUACCGAUGUGAAAGAGUCUGCUAUGGAAGCUGAAAUAGUGGACUCAUCUAAUAAGGAAACGGUAGAAGCAGAGAAAAUCGUGGAAAAAGAAGCCGAAAAAGUGGAGAGGGUUUUGGUUGACUCAUCGAACCUUGUUGAUUUCGUCGGAAAGCCAGUUUUCCACGCAGAUCGGAUAUACGAACAGACUCCAAUUGGAGUAGUAAUGGGUCUUGCUUGGACAGCAAUGGGUGGGUCCACGCUGUACAUAGAGACAUCUCAAAUUGAACAAGGCGAAGGCAAAGGGGCACUAAAUCUAACCGGACAACUCGGAGACGUAAUGAAAGAAAGUGCUCAGAUUGCUCACACGGUUGCGAGAGCAAUAUUGCUCGAUAAAGAUCCCGAGAAUCUUUACUUUGCGAAUACAAAGGUUCAUCUUCAUGUUCCUGCAGGUGCUACUCCUAAAGAUGGUCCGAGUGCUGGUUGCACAAUGAUCACUUCUUUGUUGUCUCUUGCUAUGAAUAAGCCUGUUAAGAAGGACCUUGCUAUGACCGGUGAAGUCACUUUGACUAGAAAGAUUCUUCCUAUCGGUGGGGUGAAGGAAAAGACAAUUGCUGCUCGACGGAGUGAUGUGAAGACAAUAAUAUUUCCUUCAGCAAACAGGAGAGAUUUCGACGAGCUUGCACCUAAUGUCAAGGAAGGCAUCGAGGUUCAUUUUGUCGACGACUACAGUCAGAUUUAUGAUUUGGCUUUCGACUGUACGGACAAGGCACAGUAAUACACACACCUCCCUCCAUAAAUUUAUAAUUUGUUAAUUUUGAUUUUUUUUUACUUCGGCAUCUAAGUACGAUAUAUUUUGCAUUGCGCAAUAUGUAUACUAUUAAGUUAUGUCGAGAGGAGAGGUAGCCUCAUUCAUUGAUACACGAACUACAUCGAUGUAGUGACUGAUUGAUCUUCCAUUAAAGAUGCUCAUACCUUAUUAACUUCUUUUUUUUUCUUUCAAUAAUAAAUGAAGAGAAGAAUUGCUUUA